AUGGCCGUCUGGGGCCCCUGGGUGACGAGGGACUUCACAUGUUGGCUUCCGCCAGGAACGUUGAUUCGAGCCUUGGCGGUGUUUGACCUUGGCUUCCUGAAUCACCGAAACUCCGUCUUCGUGGCAGCCGUCAUUGCAUCCGUCAUCUUGGAUGUCGCACGCAAUGCGACAGUCUGGUGUUCGAUUUUGGGAAUCCUUGGCAACAAGUGGUAUGCGCUGAAGGGCGGCUACCUCUGCAUGGUUGCGGGAAGCUUGGAAACAGCACGUAUUGUCGUGGCCCUCAGUUCAGCGGCUUCGCCCCUGGUAACCAACGAAAUCUCCAUGCUGGUCACCGGCGUGUCCUUACUUCGCUCAUCGCACACAUUGCAGAGCACCGCCUCGCGGGGUUCCAUGGGCCAGGCCGUGGCCUCUGCAGUGCUCCCGCUGGCGGCUGCAGCGUACGCCUUUCAGCUGCUGGCGAUGCGUUACUUCAAUGCAGACACGGUGAGCUACAAGGGGCACGGAUCGCGACUGGCAGACGGGAAUGAGUUCGGCACGGAGGUGUCUUCCGUGCGGCUUGUCGUGAAAGAGAUGAAGAGGAAGCGAAGAGAGAAGGUGAGGCAACUCCUGAACAACAACAGCCAAAGUUUCGAUGUUGGCACGCAGCGCGCGUGGUUUACGAACAUCUUUUUUCCAACCUCACCAGUGAGCCCGGGUCAGUCGAAUCCGCAGUUCGAGCUCCCGUCCAACUUGAACCCAGCAGCGGCGGAUGAACGCCCGGCUGCUGUGGUGGAGUACAGCGAGUCCUGGGGAAAAGUGCUGGAAAGCUACAUGGAGGGCAAGAGCAUCGAGGAGUACGUCAUCGUGGACUGCCACAACCACGUGGUGCCACUUUUCCAGACCUCCGUGAACCCUCCGAAAGAGGAUUUCCCACUGAGGGUGAUCCACAAGGCUGGAGCACCAGAGUAA